AUGCCGUUGUACUGGACAGAAAACAGAUAUACCGGGGUAGUGAUUAACUGGGACUUUGUGUAUUGGCAAGCUGAUCUGAUAUGGAUCUUCAUGGUACUUGUAUUUCGAGCAGUAGACUGUAGCCGAAUGGAAGCUAGUAAACAUAUGGAAAUGGGAAGAGAGUUCCUUUCUAAGGGUCAGUUUGCCGAUGCUUUAAGUCACUAUCAUGCUGCCAUCGAUUCAGAUCCCAAAAAUUAUCAGACUCUAUAUAGUCGUGCAACAGUAUACCUCGCUAUUGGUAAAUCCAAAGCAGCGCUACCCGAUUUGGAUUCAGUGAUUAGACUGAAACCAGACUUUAUCGCUGCUCGCAUCGAAAGAGGAAAUGUACUGUUGAAGCAAGGCGAUAUACAUCAGGCAAAGGCCGAUUUCGAGGCUGCUGCAAAAGCAGAUCCUUCAAAUACAGAUGUGUCGAAAAAGUUGUCAUCAGUUGAAGAAGUAAGGCAAAUCAUUGAGGAAGCUGAUGAUUAUUUUGAUGUCGGUGACCUCGCUUCCGCAGAGCCACUUUAUAGUAGUGCCAUAAAAGUUUGUCAGUGGUAUGCGGAUUUAUACAAAAAUCGUGCAAAAUGUCGAGAAAAACUCGGAGAUGUGCAAAAGGCAAUUGCAGAUUAUAGAACUGUUACGAAGUUAUUGCCGGACAGCACGGAGACAUUCUACAAAAUCUCACAGCUUUAUUAUUUAACGGGUGAUGUUGAAGAAUCGUUAAACCAAGUACGGGAAUGUUUGAAAUUGAAUCCAGAUGACGAGCUGUGUUUUCCUUUUUAUAAAAAAGCAAAGAAACUUGCAAAAAUGCGUGAGUCACUUAAUCAGCUAGUGCGAGAAGAACGAUGGAUGGAUUGUUUAGACAAAGCGACGCAAAUUUUGAAAACUGAGAAAAAAGUGGAAAAUAUCCAACUAGAUGUUUAUAGGCAAACGUGCAAAUGUAAUCUAAAUGCUGGGCAUUUUGCUGAGUCGAUAGCGGCUUGUUCAGAAGUGCUCAAAGUUGGUGAUCCGAAUGAUGUCGAUGUACUUUGCGAUAGAGCAGAAGCAUUUUUAAUGUUUGAAAAGUAUGAUGAAGCAAUUGAAGAUUAUCAGAAAGCACUAAGUGGGCAUGAAGAAUCGCGACGAGCUAGAGAAGGUCUUCAUAGGGCGCAGAAACUGAAAAAACAGGUUGGAAGAAGAGAUUACUACAAAAUCCUUGGCAUCAGAAAAAAUGCCAAUAAAAUGGACAUUAUCAAAGCGUACCGGAAGAAAGCACGAAAAUGGCAUCCAGACAAUUUCAGUGACGAAAAGCAGAAAAAAAUAGCGGAGAAGAAUUUUAUUGACAUUGCAGCUGCGAAAGAGGUACUCACUGAUCCAGAAAAAAGAGCACAAUUUGACAGAGGAGAAGAUCCGCUGGAUCCAGAGCAACAGCAACAAGGAGAUUUCCAUCAUCCUUUUCAGAGCGGAUUUUCGUUUGGUGAAAACAGUGGCCCAUUUUCAUUCCAAUUUCACUUUGGUUAA